CUCUGGUGGUAUUCAGAUAUAAUUCUCAUUCAUUUAUUUCAUCAGGAUCAUCACAUUGCUAAAGAAGCAGGAGUGUUUUUGAAGUUUCUUAUACCUGGAUUGUUUGGAUAUGGUUUUUUGCAAAAUGUUUUGAGAUUUCUUAGGGCACAAUCAAUUUUAGACCCUAUGCUUUUCUUUUCACUCCUAUCUUUACUUAUACACAUUGCUAUUAUUGCCUAUGGUUUAGUUCAUUGGACAAGUCUUGGUUUAAAAGGAGCAUCAUUAGCAACAUCCAUUUCCAUUUGGAUUCAACUCAUCAUCUUUGGUCUAUUCAUGUUUUUCUCAAAUGCACUAAAACAUAUCACCUGGGAUUACAGUUUCUCAUUCGAGCCAUUUCAUCAUAUCCUUACUAACUUGAAAUUGGCUUUGCCCUCUGCUGCCAUCGUCUAUUUGGAGUACUGCACUUAUGAGAUUCUUGUGUUAUUGGCUGGUUUGAUGCCAAACCCGGAAACAUCUAUUUCCAUAAUUGCAAUGAGUGUAAAUACCCAAGCCAUUGCCCACAUGUUAUUUUCCGGUACAAGUGUAGGUGUAAGCACCAGAGUUGCAAAGGAGUUGAGAGCUGGAAAUCCUGACGGAGCUAAACAUGUUGUGGCUGUUGCUUUCAAGCAGACUAUUGUUUUAGUAUAUGUUCUUUGUUUGGCUCUAUUGAAUCAUCAUAUUGCCUGGGCUGGCUUCUUCAGUGAUAGCGCGGAGAUAAUUAACAAAUUUGUCUCCAUGGUACCUCUUCUUUUAAUAUCUUUCAUACUCGAAUUCACUCAAGGAAAUUUAUCAGGGGUGGUUAGAGGAUGCGGGUGGGAGCGUUGUGCUGUAUGCAUCGACUUGGCAGCAUUCUAUUUCAUCGGCAUACCAAUAGCAGGUCUUGUUGCUUUCAAGUUCAGCCUACAUGCUCAGGCUUUAUGGAUUGGCUUGAUAUGUGGACUAGCUUGCCAAACUUCUGGCUUAUUGCUACUGACAUUAUUGACCAGAUCAUGGAAAAAAUUAGAGGGCUCAACAAAUAUCAAUAGAGAAAGUGAACUUUCAGCUUAAUCUGCUCAUGUUGCCACUGUUGGAGUUUUUGUAUAGUCUUUCUUGAGCUUGAUGAAGGGU